CUGCUCUCACUACUUCCUCAAAAAAAAAAGUAAAUAAAUAAAAUUUGCUUCCCCCUGUUUCGAACCCAAAUUUGUGUGUCUUCUUCUUCGUCUUCUUCUUCGUCUUCUUCAUCAUCUUCUCUGAAGCUCUUCACAUUCUUUUAUUCUCAAAAGCGCGCGCGUGCGAGAGAGAGAGAGAUAACACAGAGAUCAGAGAGAAUUGAAGAAAAAAAAAAAACGAAACGAAUCAGAGAGAAGGAAAAUUUCUGAAACUGUUAAGAGACGUUUUUUUUUUUUUUACAUCAUAAUAGAAAGAAACAUAAUACGAAAAAGGACGAUACGUGUAUAUAUAUACGUUUAUACGAAUAUAGCUCUACAGAGUUGUCUCGGGAGAGAUCUUUGACCGGAGAAGACGACGUCGAUUCGUAUUUCGUAGAUAUAUAUAUAUAUAUACUCUGGAUCUGCUUCCCUUUGUAAAAAAUUUCAGGUUAUCAGAAGCCAUCUAGUUGUAGACUCUUCUGUAAUUUAAAAAGGUUUUUUGAUGAGAUGAAGGCAGUUAAAAGGUGGAGUGUAGGGAACUUAACUGAUAUGGCAUCUUUGCCUGGAGCUAGAUACCCGCGUACUCCUCCUGGAAGAAGACGAGUAUGGAUCAUUAUGGUGUUAUCUCUGAUCAGCAUGUUCUUUAUCGUCGCUUACAUGUAUCCUCAUCACAGUAAACGUGCUUGUAAUUAUAUGAUUUCGUCAAGAGGAUGUAAAGCUUUAGCUGAUUGGCUUCCACCUUCUCUGAGGGAAUAUUCGGACGAUGAGAUUGCAGCUCGUGUUGUCAUUGCAGAGAUAUUGAGUUCACCUCCUGUUAUUAGAAAGAAUUCUAAAAUUGCUUUCAUGUUCUUAACUCCUGGUACAUUGCCUUUCGAGAGGUUAUGGGACAGAUUUUUCCAGGGACAUGAAGGGAAGUUCUCUGUUUAUAUCCAUGCAUCAAAGGAAAGGCCAGUUCACUACAGUAGUUACUUUGUCAACCGCGAAAUUCGUAGUGAUGAGGUGGUGUGGGGAAGAAUUUCAAUGGUUGAUGCAGAGAGACGGUUGUUAGCUAAUGCUCUUAGAGAUCCUUCAAACCAGCAAUUUGUUUUACUCUCUGAUAGUUGUAUACCACUUCGAAGUUUUGAAUAUAUGUACAAUUACCUCAUGUACAGCAAUGUCAGCUAUGUUGACUGCUUUGACGAUCCAGGUCAACAUGGAUCAGGCAGGCAUAUGAAUCACAUGUUGCCUGAAAUUCCGAAGAAGUAUUUUCGAAAGGGUGCACAGUGGUUCACCAUGAAGCGACAACACGCUGUAGCAACUAUGGCAGACAGUCUUUACUACUCUAAAUUCCGAGAUUACUGCGGGCCAGGCAUAGAGAACAACAAGAACUGCAUAGCUGAUGAACACUAUCUGCCAACAUUCUUUCAUAUGCUCGAUCCCACUGGCAUUUCUAACUGGACUGUAACACAAGUUGAUUGGUCUGAAAGAAAGUGGCAUCCCAAAACAUAUAUGCCUAAGGAUAUCACACCCGAGUUACUAACCAACCUCACGUCUGCUGACACAGUUGUACAUGUCACAAGUGUUGGGAUGGGUGAAGAAAUAUGGAUGCCUUGUAUAUGGAACGGAAUCAAAAGACCUUGCUACUUGUUUGGAAGGAAAUUUCACCCGGAUACACUCGAUAAACUCUUGGAUCUCUUCUCAAAUUACACAAGAUCGGUCACUUGGAAUUUGUGAUUAAAAGGUUAUUUUCUUCUAUACACACUCACAUUCUUUGACCAAUGUUCGAUUCCCCACCCACAUGAAUCCAAGUUUCGUUUGAAGCUGUACCACUACAAGUCUAGAAGCUUUAGGAGUUAUGAGAUUUCUUCUCAUAAUAUGAUUCAUUUGAUUGGAAGGAGACGUUGGUUUUAUUCUUCAUUACUCUGUUUUUUUUGGAUAUAUAUUUUGUUACUUUUUUACUGUUGUAAAAAGGAGAAUUUUAGACUGGUUGUACUUUUUCUUUCUUUUGGAUCGAUUUUGUUUUGUGUUCAGAAUGUUGAACAAACAAAAGUUAUACAGGUUUAUAGAGUUUCUUUGCACGUA